UUAUAUAUGUGGUAUCUUUUUCCUUUAAUUUAUUUUUUAUUCUUUUAUUUCCUGCAUCACUGCCCUAUAUAUAUAUAUGGUAUCUUGACUUUGCUAAAAUUGAUAUUCCAAGCCUGGCAGUCUAGCUAGUAGCAUAGUAGCUAUCAUGGGUACACUUUCAGAAGCAUACAAAGAUGUUCCUAUGCGUCUCAAACAUGUUAUUCCUCUGGAUUUUGAGUCCACAAAAGUGGUUCCAGAAUCACACAUAUGGCCAGAAACAGAAAAUUUUCCAUUAUCUGAUCAUAUUCUCCCCUCUGAUGAUAAUGAAAAAUCAAAAUCAUGGAUCCCUGUCAUUGAUCUCAUGGCUCCCAAUGUAGUGGAACUCAUUGGCCAUGCAUGUGAAACAUGGGGAGUUUUUCAACUCACCAACCAUGGUAUUCCCUCCAGCCUUAUUCAUGAUGUUGAGUUCCAGGCUAGAAGACUCUUUUCUCUUCCAACCGAGCAAAAGCUGAAGGUCUUACGAUCGGCCGGCGGAGCCACCGGCUACGGUGCUGCCCGGAUGGCACAGUUUUUGACCAAAUAUUUGUGGCAUGAAGGGUUCACUCUUGCAGGUUCUCCUGUUGAGCACGCUAGUGUACUUUGGCCCCAUGACCACAAAACUUUUUGUGAUGUGAUGGAAAAUUAUCAAAAGAUGAUGAAGUCCUUGGCACACCAACUCUUGCUCCUAAUGUUGAAGUGGCUAGAAGUCUCUGAAGAUGAACUGAACUGGAAACUAUCAAUGUCCCAAGAUGCAUUGCAACUCAAUUCCUUUCCAGCCUGCCCAGAUCCCAAAAGUACCAUUGGUUUAGCCCCUCACACAGAUUCAAUGCUCAUGACCGUUCUUCAUCAAAGUCAUGAGGGUUUGCAGAUUUUUCGUGACGGAAUCGGAUGGGUGACAGUUUCACCCAUUGAAGGAGCUCUUGUGGUCAAUCUUGGUAAUCUUAUGGAUAUAUUGUCUAAUGGCAAGUUCCCUAGCAUUCAGCAUCGUGUUUUUGUCAACCAGAUUAGGCACAGGAUUUCUGUUGCCUACUUCUGCUUUCCUCCAACUGAUUCCCAGGUUGCACCAUUUGCUAAGUCUGAAUGUCCCAUUUAUAGUUCUUUAACAGUGAAGGAAUAUCUUCAAAUCAGGGCCAAGCAUAUGGAGGAUGCACUUUCUGUGAUCAGAAUAAAAUGAUAUCAUAUACCCAAUCCUGAAACAUGUGUAAUCUGUUUUAUUCGUUUGGUAAAAAACCUAGUGAACUCCUGAUAGCUUUCUGCCAUGCUAGACGAUCCUAGUAAACAGUGGCGGAGUCAGGACCUAUAACCAGUGGAGGCAAUAUUGUACAC